AUGGCUAACAAAGCCCCAUCGAUCGCGUCCUCAACGCCCUCCCACAACUGGCGCGGAUGGCUGUGGGACUCAGCCGACGUAUCUAAAGAGGAAAGAAGAUUUCUCUUUAAGCUGGACGCUACUCUGUUGACAUUCGGAACUCUUGGAAUGCUGAUCAAAUGGAUCGACACUUCCAACAUCACUAAUGCUUUUGUAUCGGGAAUGAAGGAAGACCUCAACCUCUAUGGUAACCAGUACAACUACAUCAUCGUCUCCUGGACUGUUGGCUACAUUAUUGGGCAGUGGCCAUCCAACAUCAUCUUGACUCGUGUCCCUGCACACAUCUGGAUCCCCUUUCAAGAAAUUGGCUGGACGAUUUUCACCUUCGCGCUGGCUGGUGCUAAGUCCUAUCGUGCGCUGCUAGGACUCCGCUUCAUAGUCGGGCUCUUUGAAGCGGGUUACUGGCCUGCUCUAUACUACGUGCUUGGGUCUUGGUACAAUAAACGUGAGCUUGGAAAACGAAACGGUAUCCUCCAGUCAGCUGUAUCAAUUGCACCAAUCUUCAGUGGCUUCUUGCAAGCUGGUAUUUACAAUGGUCUCAAUGGCCAUGCAGGCCUGGCUGGAUGGAGAUGGUUGUUUGUCAUCAAUGGGGUCAUAUCCUUGCCUAUUGCCGUUUUAGCCUACUUCUUCCUACCCGACACUCCAGGAACCGCCAAACCCAACUGGAUCUUCAGUGAGCGUGAUAUUCAAAUUGCCAAAGAGAGAAUGGCAAGAGCCGGUCGCAAACCUGAAGGCACCCCGUAUACUGUAAAGACCAUUCUGGGCUUUCUAACAAGCUGGAAAACCCUUCUUUUCACACUCAUCUUCAUGAUGCAACCAUUUGGAUCCCAACCCUUUACGGCGUUUGUAUUUUGGCUCAAAGCACAUAAUAAGAAGGGCAAGCCUCUAGUAUAUACCGUCGCCCAGAUCAACGAAUACCCAACUCUCGGUAACGCUUUCACGGCAGUGUAUUCAUUGACAUGUGUUUGGAUCUCUGACGGGCCAUUGAGAGGCCGGCGAUGGCCUAUCAUUUUAUUCUCCAACAUGAUUGCAAUCGUUGUCUUCACCUUGCUUGCAGUGACACCGGUCAUGGGUCCUUUCUCGCACCGAGCGCCAUUGUAUAUUGUAUCAUCAAUCGGAGGAUCUAUGGUACCAUUGACAAUGGCAUGGAUGGCUGAACUUAUCUCCGACAAUGCCGAGCAGCGAGCUUUCACCGCAGCUGCGAUGAACACUCUCCAAUUCUGGUUCCAGCAAGUUCACCAGCCUUACGUUACCCAUGGCAACCGAGCCGCAGCCGUAAUAGCAGGCAUCAACAUUCUCGUCUUUACUAUCAUCGCCCUUCUCGCCCAUAGAGAGAAGCUGGCCAAGAAGCGCAAGAACCAAGUUCCAGCUACGCCGAGCUCGCCCGAUCCAGAGACAACAAGUGGUCAAGGCAAUGAGAAGGGCUUAUCUGUCGUAAGAGGGGAAGUAUUUUAA